UUAAGAGAAUGGGUCGAUCAGGUUACGCAGCGGAUAAGCGAACGAGAAGAUAAUCAAGCUACGCAGCAGAUAAGCGAAAGCGACCAAGCUACGCAGCGGAUAAGAGAAUGGGUCGACCAAACUUCGCAAAGGUUGAGCGAACGAGACGAUCAAGCUACACAGAGAAUGAGUGAACGCUCACUUCCCCUGGACAGCGGUCGACAGAGGCUACAAGAGUUGCAAAGAAGGAGGUUUAAUCAGGAAGAUGAGGGUCCUAGAAUCGUGACUGUAAAUAAAAAUUCGGGGUUUCAUUCGACGCCUAGAAAAGGCGUGGUGCCGGACCCGGUAGUAUCGCCGGACGUAGUGGUGUUCCCGGGCCCGAGCCGGCGCUCCGACCAAACGCAGUUCGUCCCCAGCGUGCCGGAGGAGUGUCUGCGCACCGGCAUCUGCGAGGACUUGCCCGGCUACCCGGAGGAUCGAGUCGCCGCCAUCAUUGAGAAGCUCGGCAACGCGACGGACAAGUACAAGGUGGACGAGCUGGACACGCCUGAAAUAGCGCAGCGAAUCGGCCCGCCGGAGGAAAUGGAGCUCUGCGAGUUCUCGCUUAAGGUGGUAGUACCGAAGGCGGCUCCGGACAAAGACGGCAAUUGGCACUACAUCCUGAACCAGAAGGACAAGCCUUUACAGGGCUUCCAUGUUGAAAUAUGCAAAGAGGAUAAAUCCCCCUGCGCGAAGCUAGCGCACUUCUACUCGGGCUACGAAGCCAGCUGCAAGCAGAAGUACAUGCUGCGGUACAUGGCCGGCCUGAACGCCAACGGCGAGAUGGUCGAGAAGGCUUUCAAGCUGCCUAGCUGCUGCUCUUGCGUGGUUCGACAAAUAGAUUAAAGUCCGUCUG